AUGUUUAGGAAAAUCACAUUCGCAAAGAAAAACGAAAAAUUUAUUCCUUAUGACAAAUAUCACAGAAAAUUAACUGAUCUUAGAAACUUAAGAACAACUCAUCAUAGAUUACUAAAAUCACAUAUAAAACUGAAAAGAAAAAUUGAAAAAUAUGAACACAUUCUCACCUCCAUCACCAAUAUCUUUAAGGAUGAACCAUCAAUCGAUGACAUUAAUGAUGAAUUAACCUCUCAACAUAAUUCAAUCGAAAAUGUUGAAAACACACACACCUCUAAUGAAUCAAUUUAUAUUGAAGAUGAAUCAACUCAUAUUGAAGAUAAAUCAAUUCAAUAUAUUGAAACUAAUGAAGAAAAUAAUAUUAAUGAAUCCACUCAACAUAAUACCAAUGAUAGGAUUUAUAUCACAGAUGAUGAAUCUAUUCAACCUAAUAUCAGUGAAAUGAUAUAUAACAUAGAUGAAUCUAAAGACAAAGACGAGAUAAAACGAACCAAUACAUUCUGA